UUUUUAUUUUUCUUCUACUCAAAUUAUAUGGCAUAAUAAAACUAAAUAAACUGGAAAAAGAUCAAAAGAAGUACGAAGAAAAAUUGGUUGAUUUCAGCUGUGACAUAAACCCAGCAAACCCAACCUGAAUUUUUGCACAAGAGAGUGGAUCGUCGAUUGUUUCAAGACUGAAUUUUUCUUGAUUUCAUUAAUCGUAGCGCUGAGUUAUCAAGAAAGGAGAAACCGACACAAUUGAAUCCAAUUUAUAUGAUAUAAACGUUGUGAUUUGAUCAGGGAAGCCUGAUGAUGGCCACUACUGCAGUAAUUGGACUUAGCACUGGUAAAAGGCUCCUCAGUUCUAACUUCUACUACUCCGAUUUCGUUGAAAAGCUUGCCGGAACCAGUUAUCAGCAUCAGGUUCUUCCUUCAACAAAGAAUGUGAUUACAGCUAAAAAGUCAUCAAAUUAUGGCCCAACUUUUCUUUCGGAUCGAAAUCCACAAUCUAUCAGGGCAGUUAAAGAGCAUGUAGACACUGCCUCUAAUCCUUAUGCUGUGGAGGAGCCACUGCCUCAGGGAGAAGAAACCUCCGACCCUGAUUACUUGGUGGAUGCUCUCCUUUUACUGCAGAAGUUUAUGCUUGAAAAGCAAUGGAAUCUUUCAACUGACAUGCCGAGUGAGAAAGGCCGGAAGAAAGUGCAGGUUACUGGUUCUGGGACAUCUGCUAGACGGAGGAGAAUUGAUUCUCGAAGAAAACUUAUCUUCAGGAGAAGUUCGACUACUGCGCAAAUUGGUAAAAGUAAGCAGUUAAGGUCGGUUAUCAGUCCAGAGCUUCUUCAGAAUCGUACAAAAGGCUAUAUAAAGGGUGUUGUAAGUGAAGAAUUACUCACCCAUGUGGAAGUAGUUCAACUAUCCAAAAAAAUUAAAGCUGGUCUGUUAUUGGAAGAGCACAAAUCAAGAUUGAAGGAGAGAUUGGGAUGUGAUCCCUCAGAUGAGCAACUUGCGACUUCCCUGAGAAUUAGUCGGGCUGAAUUACAGUCAGAAUUCAUGGAGUGCUCAUUGGCAAGAGAGAAGCUGACAAUGAGCAACAUUCGUCUUGUCAUGUCUAUUGCUCAAAGAUAUGAUAACAUGGGUGCGGAAAUGGCAGACCUUAUUCAGGGCGGUUUGAUUGGAUUACUCAGAGGAAUUGAGAAAUUUGAUUCUUCGAAGGGAUAUAAGAUCUCAACUUAUGUUUAUUGGUGGAUUCGACAGGGUGUUUCAAGAGCUUUAGUGAGGAAUUCAAGAACCUUAAGAUUGCCUACCCAUCUACACGAAAGACUAAGUUUGAUUCGAAAUGCAAAGGCCAAACUGGAAGAGAAAGGAAUUACUCCAUCAGUUGAUAGAAUUGCUGAAUGUCUAAACAUGUCACAGAAAAAAGUCAGGAAUGCCACUGAGGCUAUCAGCAAGGUAUUCUCACUCGACAGGGAAGCAUUCCCCUCGUUAAAUGGUCUUCCGGGAGAAACACUUCACAGUUACAUUGCUGAUACUCGCAUAGAGAAUAACCCAUGGCAUGAAGUUGAUGAAUGGGCUCUUAAGGAUGAAGUAGAUAAGCUCCUUAGUUCAACUCUAAGGGAGCGAGAGCAAGAGAUUAUCCGUCUUUACUAUGGUCUGGACAAUGAAUGUCUCACAUGGGAAGAUAUCAGCAGAAGGAUUGGUUUGUCGAGGGAGAGAGUUCGGCAGGUGGGAUUGGUUGCUCUUGAGAAAUUAAAACAUGCUGCAAGGAAGAGAAGAUUAGAUGCCAUGCUGCUUAAAUUUUGAUUAUGAGGACUAUGUCUCACACACAUUCUAAACAGUAUACCAAUUUCAUUGUGUAUAUAUUACUUUUAAAUUUAAAGAAACGGCAGUAGAAAUCUCACUGUUUGUAUUUUUUCUGAUGAGAGAAAUGAAAUAGGUACUUGAAGAUCCCAUAAAUUAUCAUAUACAUAGAGGUUACUUUGUAUAUGUGUAAUGCUAUUUAGGGGUACCUUUUUGGUGAGAUUUUUCAGUAUGUAAAUUACGAUAAUAACUGAAUAUUGAUUACAAUGUUGGACAACAAUAUUUAUUCAGAA